AUGGUCCGACUCGCAAUCUUCGCUACCAUUAUGGCUGCUGCCACCUCCGUACAAGGCGCUAUCUGGUGCCAGUGUCUCUUCCCCGAUAAGUCUCACUGCUGUGUCGCCAGUGGAGGCGGCAGUUGCCAAGAGAAGUGCCUCAAUGCUGGUAGGCCUAUAAUUGAUGGAUCUGUUGUACCACACAAGACGUUGUGCAAUGCUGGAGGCGAUGGAUUUGGUAUUAGUCCCAUUACUGCUCAGGGACGCACUCCUUGCGACACCAGGUCCUAA